AUGGAAGUCAAAGAGAGCUGGAGCAGCAGGCGGCAAGUAGAGCUUUUCUUGUUAGUCACUUUGUUCUGCCAGGCACUGUCUGAAGAGGCUCGGUAUUCGAUUCCUGAGGAAAUGGAGAAGGGCUCUCUUGUGGGGAAUCUGGCCAAGGAUUUGAGUCUGGACAAGAGAGACUUGGUGAAUAGGAAGCUCCGUAUUCUCUCUGCUGCUAAUGCACAGUUCUUUACAGUGAAUGGGAAACAUGGAGACAUCUAUGUAAGAGACAGAAUAGAUCGGGAGGAUAUUUGCGGAAAGUUGCCACAUUGUGUCCUCAAUUUUGAAAUUGUGGUUGAAAAUCCUUUGAAUGUUUUCCAUGUCAGGGUCACCAUAGAGGACAUUAAUGAUAAUGCACCCCGGUUUUUAAAAGACAAUAUCGAGCUAGAAAUAAGUGAAUCCAGCUUGCCUGGAGCAAUCUUUGCUCUUGGAAACGCUGAUGAUGCUGAUGUUGGGAUAAAUUCUCUCCAGAAUUACCAGCUGAGCCCCAAUCAGUACUUCACCCUGGAUGUUAAAGAAAGCCCAGAUGGAAAUAAAUAUGCUGUAUUAGUGCAAAGCAAGCCACUAGAUCGGGAAAGCGAAGAUUGUCUCCAUUUGAUCCUUACAGGCCUGGAUGGGGGAGAGCCACUGAAAACUGGGACAGCCCAUAUACGGAUAAAUGUCACUGAUAUUAAUGAUAACCCCCCAGUCUUUACUCAAGAAGUCUAUAAAGCCAGCAUAAAAGAGGGUGCACCAAAAGGAUGUUCAGUAAUACAGGUCAAAGCCUCUGACAGAGAUGAAGGUUCCAAUGCACAAAUAAGUUACAGCUUCAGCAACAUCCCAGCUAAAACCAGUCAGAAAUUUAGCCUGGAUUCAGAAAGCGGGGUAAUUACGCUUAAGGAGACCUUGGACUUUGAAGAGUCAACCAGCUACAUGAUGUUAGUAGAAGCCAAAGAUGGUGGUGGACUGUUGACACAUAGCAAGGUGGAGGUUGUGGUUGUCGAUGAGAAUGACAAUGCGCCAGAGGUUGAGCUCAUGUCCAUCUUCAGCCCAGUCCCUGAGGACUCUCUGCCAGGCACUGUCAUUGCUUUGAUCAAGGUGGAAGAUAGAGAUGAAGGAGAUAAUGGGAAGACUGCCUGUUCAAUACAAGCAAAUCUGCCUUUUCAGAUGCUGUUAUCGAAUAACAAUUAUUACAAACUUCUCACAGAGGGUGCCCUAGACAGAGAGAAAACCUCACAAUACAACAUUACCAUCACAGCCACUGACAAAGGGAGCCCACCCCUUUCCACACACAGAACAAUCUCACUGCAGGUUUCAGACAUCAACGACAACCCCCCUGCCUUUGAAGAUUCUUCCUACAAUCUUUUUGUGCCAGAAAACAACCCUUCAGGUGCCUCCAUUUACACCGUCAGAGCCUCAGACCCAGAUGAGGACCGCAACUCAAGGAUCACUUACUCCAUCCUCUCCAGCAACAUCGAAGAUCUGCCUCUGUCCUCUUAUGUGUCCAUUAACUCUGAGACUGGCACCAUCUACGCACAGCGUUCCUUCGACUACGAGCAGUUCCGUGAGUUUCGGGUUCAAGUGAAGGCCCAAGAUGGUGGGUCUCCCCCUCUCAGCAGCAACGUCACGGUGUGGGUGUUUGUUCUGGAUCGGAACGAUAACAGCCCCCGGAUCCUGUAUCCUUCCAAAGGAGCUGAGGGCUCGGCCUCGUUUGAGAUGAUUCCUAACUCAGCAGAGUCAGGCUAUCUGGUGACCAAGGUGGUGGCUGUGGAUGCUGACUCUGGACACAAUGCCUGGAUUUCCUAUCAUCAGCUUCAGGCUCCUGAUCCAGCUCUUUUCACCAUUGAGCUACACACUGGUGAGGUCAGGACAGCACGGGCCUUUAUGGAAAGAGAUGCUGUGAAACAAAAGCUCCUCAUUUUAGUGAAGGACAACGGAAGUCCUUCUCUUUCUACCACCGUUACCUUGAACCUGGUGUUUGCCGAGAACUUUCAAGAGGCUCUUCCAGAAAUGAGCAAACCGUCCAUUGACUCAGCGUCUCAGUCGGACAUGAACACUAUUUUGGUGACCGCCUUAGUUUUAGUCUCAUUCUUAUUUCUUUUUACAGCCCUCACAGUUUUGAUUCUUAAAUGCCGAAGACAAAGAAGCCCAGCUGUGCUUGGAUCCUACAAUCCAGAACUGUAUUCCAGUUUAGGCCACAAGUUUUCCUGCAAUUACAGUCCUGGGACAUUGACCUUGCCCUGUUCCUAUGAGGUAUGCCUGGCCUCCCAGUCAGGGCACAACGAGUUUGCCUUUCUGAAGCCAAACCCAGGGGCUGCCACAGACAGUCUUAUUACUACAGAUGACUCUGGAAUUGGGAAUGAAUCUGAAUCUCUGGGUGACAAUCUCAGCUCCAGUACCAGGAUACAGGAGUGA